AUGGCCGCUACACGUACACGAGGAUAUGUUACCACUAAAGACGGAAUAAAAUGGUACUAUGAGCAAGAGGGUUCCGGGCCUGAUGUUGUCUUGAUUCCAGACGGCCUAGGCGAAUGUCAGAUGUUUGAUAAGCCAAUGUCUCUAAUUGCCAGCAACGGCUUCAGAGUAACGACAUUCGACAUGCCUGGAAUGUCAAGAUCAUCCGAUGCACCACCAGAAACGUAUCAGGACAUUACAGGUCGAAAAUUAGCUGGCUACAUUAUCACACUGUUGGACACACUGGACAUCAAAAUCGCUUCGGUCUGGGGCUGUAGCUCAGGAGCCUCGACCGUCCUUGCACUCUGCUCAGACUACCCAGAGCGAGUCCGCAAUGGAAUGCCCCACGAGGUCCCGACAGAAAACCCAGACAUUCUUCUGCAUAUCCACGAGGUCGACCCUGCCACAAUCUCGCAAGAAAUGGCAGCCAACUCGAGGGCCUACUCAGGAAAUGUAGAGGCAUGGGACGCUCUCGGGCCAGAAGUCCACGCAAGGCUUCAUGACAACUACCCGCGAUGGGCAUAUGGCUAUCCACGUACCAUACCCCCGUCCGCGCCGGUGAAAACUGAAGAUCUACACAAGGUUCCAAUAGAUUGGACCGUUGGCGCUUCAACUCCCACCAAGUUGUUCUUCGAAAACAUCGUCAUCGCGGCCAGGGAGGGCAUCAAUAUUGGAACUCUGCCGGGCAAUCAUUUCCCAUAUGUCUCGCACCCGGAAGAGUUUGCGAAGUAUGUCGUUGAGACGAGUCGGAAGUAUUUGAAAUAG